AACCUGAAAGAAAAAUGACACCACCUUUUUCCUCGAGAUUCUCCGAGUGGAAAAACCACAACACAGUCACUCACUCACUCCCUUUUUUCUUUCCUAAUGAAUAAAUGAACCCCAAAAGUUCAGUAAUUUCAUGAUUAUAUAUCAACACACUCAUCACCAAAUGAAGACUAUUAAAUUUCUAGAGAGAGAAUAGAGUCGAAUCAAAAAAUUUAGAGGGAGAAAAUUAAUUUAACAUUUGAGAAAAAAUGUUGGAAAGAAGCUACAUUGUGUUUAUUCUUCUUCUGAGCUCAUUUUCUCAGCUUGGAUUUGCUAUUUAUUCCAACCUUACAUUUCCCACUCCUCAUCCCAAUCCUGAACAAGUUGUUCAGGAUCUUCAAAGAAGAGUAAAUGGUUCCAUGUCAAGGAGGCAAAUGCUAAACCUAUCUCAAAAAGACCAAAUAACUACAUGCCAUACGGGCAAUCCAAUAGACGAUUGCUGGAAAUGUGACCCCGACUGGCCCAGCAAUCGCCAACGACUAGCCGAUUGUGCGAUCGGGUUCGGCCAGUACGCAAUGGGAGGAAAAAACGGUGAGUUUUACCUCGUAACCGACUCGUCCGACGACGACGCAGUUAAUCCAAAGCCAGGAACGUUAAGAUAUGCAGUGAUUCAAGAAGAGCCGUUAUGGAUAGUGUUUCCUAGUAAUAUGCUGAUUAAGCUAAAGCAAGAGCUGAUUUUUAAUAGCUACAAGACCGUUGAUGGACGUGGGGCUAAUGUGCAUAUUGUGGGAGGUGGCUGCAUUACUCUGCAGUAUAUUAGUAAUGUUAUUAUUCACAACAUUCACAUUCACCAUUGUGUUCAGUCAGUUUCAGGCAACGCGAACGUACGAUCGAGCCCAACUCAUUACGGGCACCGAACGGAGUCGGACGGAGAUGGAAUCUCGAUUUUCGGAUCACAUGACAUAUGGAUAGAUCAUUGUUCGCUAUCACAUUGCAAGGAUGGGUUGAUAGAUGCAGUAAUGGGAUCAACAGGAAUAACAAUAUCAAACAAUUUGUUCUCACAUCACAAUGAGGUGAUGCUAUUAGGUCACAGUGAUGAUUAUGAGCCUGAUUCAGGAAUGCAAGUGACCAUAGCUUUUAACCAUUUUGGAGAGAAAUUAGUGCAGAGAAUGCCAAGGUGUAGAAGAGGAUAUAUUCAUGUGGUUAAUAAUGAUUUUACCCAAUGGGAAAUGUAUGCUAUUGGUGGCAGUGGUAAUCCCACCAUUAAUAGUCAAGGCAAUCGAUACACUGCUCCUUCUAAUCGUAAUGCCAAGGAGGUGACAAAGAGAGUGGAGACAGAGGAGGGGGAAUGGAAGGGAUGGAAUUGGAGAUCAGAAGGAGAUAUAUUGGUGAAUGGAGCUUUCUUCAUAGCUUCUGGCCAAGGUUUAGAGGUUAAGUAUGAGAAGGCUUACAGUACUGACCCCAAAUCUGCUGCUCUCAUUGAUCUUCUCACUUUGCAUUCUGGUGUUCUUGGUGUUGGUGGCAGGGACAACAACCUGGGAAAGUGGAGCACCGGAGCCAAUGACGGCGCCGGUGAAACCGGCCAAGACUCAGGGACCGACGACUUUUUCUACGAUUAUUCAGGAAGCAGUUCUACAAUGUCACCAUCUCCGGCCAAUGUUCUAAUUUUUCUUUUGAUUGCAAUCUCUUGCUUCGCAUCUUUUCGCAUUAUAACCCUCACUUCUAUGUUAUAGCAUUAGCAGGUGAUGAACUACUUGUAAUUUUUCUUCCUUUUAAUUCAAAUCAGCUUCGAAGACCAAAACAAAAUUGUACAUUAUCUUUGUCUCCAGCUCCUGCAAGCAGGAGUAUGCGAAAAUUGACUCAAAUCGAUUAACUGAACUGAAUCGAUAAAUUUAGUUACGUUCACUUUGACAUUA